CUCAACAAAAUGUCUGGCCGCGGCAAAGGAGGAAAAGUCAAGGGAAAGGCAAAGUCCCGAUCAUCUCGUGCCGGACUUCAGUUCCCAGUUGGUCGUAUCCAUCGUCUGCUCCGCAAGGGCAACUACGCAGAACGUGUCGGUGCUGGAGCUCCCGUCUAUCUGGCCGCUGUCAUGGAAUAUCUGGCAGCUGAAGUGCUGGAAUUGGCAGGAAACGCCGCUCGUGACAACAAGAAGACCCGUAUCAUCCCGCGUCAUCUUCAGCUGGCCAUCCGCAAUGACGAGGAGUUGAACAAACUGCUCGCGGGCGUCACCAUCGCUCAGGGAGGUGUUUUGCCCAACAUCCAAGCCGUUCUGCUGCCCAAGAAGACCGAAAAGAAGGCUUAA